AUGCGCUGCUCGACCUCUUCAGCGCAUUCUACCCGAGAAUAUAAAAGCUCAGUUGCCCGCUUCUCGUCAUCGACAUCUUGUUUUUCGGUAAGUUUAUCGAAACUCUCACCUCGAUCUCGCGAAUUUCUGCUUCCUAGUGAGGGUUUGACGAAGGUUCGCGAUCGGGUACCGCGACGAGUGCUUGAGGAUGAUUUUGGGGCCGUCGUCGGUGGAUUUGGAGCCUCGCUGGCCACGGUCGAGCUCCGCCCUCGAGGUGUCCGAGGAUUUGCUUGUGGAUGGUCCGUCGGCGCAAUGGAGAAGAACGCGACAUCGAAAGCGAAAGAAAGGAUGGUUCUCGUGGCGCGUGAGUCGACGGCGGCCCCGGGGUCAUUCUGA